AUGAUGUGCGUCGUCGCGCUUCUUCGCCACCCCUUACCCGCUCCGCUCUCCCACGCUUUCCGCUGUCCCCCCCGCCCCCCCUCCUCCUCCCCUCCGCUCCCCAUUCUCUCUUCUCCCCUCCUCCUCCCCCCUUUCUCCGAUCCCCCCUCCGCUCCCCGUUUUCUGAUCCCCCUUCCUCUGCUCCCCCCUCCGGCGCUCCUCUUCCUUCGCUCCCCCCUCCUCCGCUCCCCAUUCUCCCCCCUCUCAUCGCCUCGCAUUCUCCGCUUACCCCUCCCUCCCCUCCUUAGCAGUGUGUCUGCAGUGUGUCUGGUGGGGGGCGCGCGGGACUUAGACGCCACAGGCCCCACCAUCACACACCACCUGCUGCCCUCCCUGCUGCCAUUCGACCUCUUCAUCCAUGCACCGUUGGAUGAAAACGCCGCGAAGAUCUCAGCCCUUGCUCGUGCACAUGCCAUGCACAGGGAGCGUGCUACAGCCAGAAGCAGCAGCAGCAGCAGCAGCAGCAGCAGCAGCAGCAGCAGCAGCAGCAGCAGCAGCAGCAGCAGCAGCAGCAGCAGCGGCGGCGGCGGCGGCGGCAGCAGCAGCAGCGCGCACAACCAGGAUGGCAGCAGCAGAAGUGACUAUAACGAGCAGCAGGGAGCAGCCGGGAGCAUGGCUGGUGCUAUAAAGGGGGUGAGGGUGUUUCCUGUUGUGCCUGUAGACGCAUCACUCUAUCCCGGGUCUAUUAUCAUUCUCCCCUGGGGAUCUCCGAAUGGGGUUCAGGGGAUUUUGCAGUAUUUCAGGUUGAUUGAGGGCUGUUUGCCGCUCAUAGAACGUGAGGAAAAGACGAGCCGUGCCGGCCAGCCGUACCGGUGGGUGCUGCGCACGCGGCUUGAUGGUUAUUGGUCGGCGCCGGCACCCCCGCUUUCGUCUUUUAUUGGCUGGGCGGGGAAGGGGGUGGAGAGGAGGGAAGGGGGAGGAGGAGGAGGAGGGGCGGAAGGAAAAGAGGCCGAAAGCAUGGGGGAGAGGGCGGCAUAUGUUGUCCCAUAUGGGUCGAACUGGGGCGGUGUGAAUGACCGGUUUGGAUUUGGGAGGAGGGAGGAGAGUGUGGUGGCGCUGUCUCGACUGGCGAUGUUGGAUGAAGUCAACAGAUACAGGCAGAGGAUUGGCGUCACAUGGCAGAUGAACAGCGAGAUAACAUUCAAGCUGCAGCUCAAGUCGCGGGAUAUAUCAGUGCAACCAGCCAGCCUGCCCUUCUGCGUGCUCUCCCGCCGGGCCUUCCCCGACAGCUGCAGCAGCAUCACAGUGUCCAUCAACGCGUCUGUGCCUCUGAAUGGGGCAAAGUGUCAGCCCUGCCACCCCUGUGCCGAGGGCAAGGAGGUUGAAGCCAUUCUAAAUGCCACGUCACCAUCAUCUGAUAAGUGGCUGGGUCCCGUCCAAUCAGGCGUCGCCUUCUGUCCGGGUGGGAAAGGGAGAGGGAAGGGACGGUCUGGCGCGGAGGGAUCGUGGCCGUCGGAUUGGGAGGAGAUCUACCAACGAACGGCGGGAGAUGAGCUGGGUGCACGGCAAAGAAGGAUCAGAAGGAGAGUGUCUGAGAUUGACACCUGCACUCGAUUUUUGGAAAAGAUGAAAGCAACGGUAUCUAACUGGGACGCCCCCUCGCCUCUCGCCCUCUGCGUGCGCUCUGCCCUCGGUGCUCCCAGUGUGCUCGGCGCCCCACACGACUCCUUCCCCAUCUUCUCCCCUCUGCUCUCCCCUGAAGGCCGCGUCCUUCACUUGGAGUAUUCGUCAUUGCAGGCAGGAGCAGCCGCAGGGAAGGACGCAGCAGGAGCAGCAGCAGGAGGAGGAGGAGCAGAGGGGGGAGCGAUGGGAGCGGAGGGAGAGCAACCUCAGGAAGGGCUUUCGUGGGAGGAGGCAGUGGAGAGGGCACAGGCAGGGGUGCGGGUGACCAGAACGUCAUUUGCUGACCUGCAAUUGGCUGCUGACCGGCAGGAGAUUCUCCCUGUGUUGAAGGUCACAGUGCACGGGCCAACACAGCCCAUCGAACUCCUCAGCUCACUCGCCUCCUUCUCCCUGCCUCCGCUCUGCCUCCUCCUGCUAAGAGCCCCCCCUUGCUCCCCUGAGAAUCCAUGUUGCGGCUGUUGGAAGCGAGCCAAUGGGGCUUCACAUUUAGCGCAGAUGCUAUUGGACGACGAAAGUUAUCUGGCGCCAGCGUGA